ACUAAAAGAGUUUUCCAAAUGUGUCAAACGGUUUAUUUAUAUUUUCAAAAAUUCCGCCGACUUUUUUAUUAGUGGAGAGCACCCAGUCCGGCUCUGUCCACCUGAACUUUGAUCCACUACGUCACAACCCCACUCGCUCUCUCUUUCCAACGCACCCAAUUAAACAAAGACAACACUCCCACAACCACCAAUCGCAGCCCAUUAUUCUAGAAAAUUCACUUGUCUUUAUAAAAGCGUGUCAUCCGAACAUUUACGUAACAUUUGCCAAAAAUCGUCCUAAAAGUAAGUGUUUCGUACGAAAAGUGACAAAAUGCCACGCCGCGGACGUUCAGCAAGCCCCACACCACGAUCAGCACCUAAAACCACUUUACCCGCUAGGACUCAACCCAGCGCCCCCGCGCACCCCCCGCCGGCCCAAGCAGCCCCCCAGCAGCCCGGUUUGUUCGGGCAGAUGGCUGCUACGGCCGGAGGAGUGGCCAUAGGGUCUGCAGUUGGACACACCAUGGGGAGCGCCCUCACAGGGAUGUUCAGUGGCGGCUCUAGCGAGCCCGCUCCCCAGCAGCAGCAGCAGCAAGCGCCACAACAAGGGGGUUAUUCUCAGGAGGCCACAGGGCCUUGUGCGUGGGAGAUCCAGCAAUUUUUACAGUGCGCACAAACUCAGGGUGAUUUGUCGCUAUGUCAAGGAUUCAACGAGGCGAUUCAGCAGUGCAAGAUUAGGAAUAAUAUUCAAUAGAGUGAUUCUGAGGGAGAAAUUCUAGUGUGGAAGAGAGUAUGAAGGUAGACAGAUGCAGAAUUCCACUCUGUAGUGUUAUUAUGACGAAAUUUCAAUAAAGCAUGCAGAGCAGUGGUUAUUUUAUAUUUUGUAUAUUUAUUUUAGUUAUUUUGUUGUUAUAAGUUUGUGUUGUUGUGAAUUUGUAGUAAUAAAGUUGUAGACGGACGAA